ACUGUUUUCCUUUUUUUCAACCCAAACGUCGCUAGCCUUGCCAGGCUGCCGAAGCUGUGUGCAAGAUCAAGGGACUGGAUUGACUACCCAUGUCGUUGUCCCGUUUGGUUUUGAAGUCGGCUUAAUGCUGUUUUGUUAUAGUAUUUGGUAUUUUAACUAUCAGAAGAAGUGAUCUAUCGUCACAGAAUCUGGAGUCAUAAUGUCCCAGGUGAUGUAAGCCCUCUGUCUGCCUCUGAAGCCAAAGAUGAGCGAGGUGCAGGCCACGGUGGAGUUCUCUGUUGAGCUCCACAAGUUCUACAAUGUGGACCUGUUCCAGAGAGGGUUCUACCAGAUCCGUGCCAGUAUGAAAGUGCCACCACGAGUCCCUCACAAAGUAGAGGCCAGUCUACUCCACCCACCAGGUUCUGAUCUGGCCUUCCCUGCAGCUGUGGUCGAUGACGUCAUCUGCAGCAAGACCUUCCAGAUCCUCUAUAAGAACGAGGAGGUUGUUGUCAAUGAUGUGCUGGUGUUCAAAAUCAUGAUGCUGCUGGAUGAGAAGAAGGUAGAAGAAUCCCUCAAUGACAUGGACUUCCAGCUCUCUCUGGAGUUAUACUUCACAGAUGGAGACUUCUCGUACGUUUCAUGAUGGCCGAACACUGUGCUUCUCAUGCUGUUACCAAACCUGUGUUCAAACACCAUUUGAAAUCUUAGAUACUGUACUUUUAGUGUUUUCUUUAGCCUGCCCAGAAAGACGGAUGGAUGGGGGUUGCAGGUUUGCAACUAAUACACCAGGCAAGCUCAGUCAAGCCCAGAUUAAGUUUUUUUUAAAUUCUUCAAGUAGUAUUUUAACCCAGAUCUGGCUAUUUUUAGAUAAAGAUUGUGUUUUUGAACCUCUGCUAUGGUGUCCUUAAUAAACCCUGUCUGCC